GGUCGAGAAAACGUAAAUUAAAGAGGUGUUAAAGGGAAGAGAGGGUGUCAUGGGGGUAUAGACUACAAUAACACUAAUGGCCAAGAAAAGUAUAGCUAUGUCUUUAUUAGAGAAAUAAACUAUGCAAAAAGAAGGGGAACACUCCUUGUAUAUAUAUUUGAUUCUUGUUCAGUAAUAAUUCAUACAAACACAAUCCUCACAAAUUCUCUCUCUCGUACAAAUAAUACAACCAGCCACAUAUAAUGGUGACCAAGAAACCAAAAGUAGUGAUAAUUGGGGCAGGAAUGGCUGGUCUAACAGCUGCUAACAAACUCUAUACAGCAGAACUGUUAGAUUUGUGUGUAGUUGAGGGUGGAAAUAGGAUUGGUGGAAGGAUAAACACCUCAGAGUUUUUUGGUGAUAGGAUUGAGAUGGGUGCUACUUGGAUCCAUGGAAUUGGUGGCAGUCCUGUUUACAACAUUGCGCAACAUAUUAACUCACUGCAAUCUGAUCAGCCUUGGGAGUGUAUGGAUGGACUCUUGGAAACUGAAGUAGUCACAAUAUCUGAACAUGGAUAUGGGCUUAAUCCUUCCCUUGUUGAUCCCAUCACAAAUCUUUUCAACAAACUCAUGGAUUUUGCUCAAGGGAAAUUAGUCCUUGAAGAUAAAAAUAUUGCUAAAUCAUCCAAUGGUGGAAAUCUCAAUAUGAGUCUUGGUUCUUUCCUUAGGAGAGGCCUUGAUGCUUAUUGGGAUUCAGUGAAAGAUGACAACCAGGAUAUUGAGUUAGAUAAAUGGAGAAAAAGAUCACUUGAACAAGGCGUUUUCGCGAUGUUUGAGAAUAUACAAAGGACUUAUACAUCAGCUGGUGAUUUGCAAAUGCUAGAUUUCAACGCAGAAAGCGAGUAUCGCAUGUUUCCUGGAGAAGAAAUAACCAUUGCUAAAGGUUAUUUAUCGGUGAUCGAAGCUUUGGCCUCUGUUCUACCAGCUGGUUUGAUCCAAUUAGGCCGAAAAGUGUCAAAGAUUGAGUGGCAGCCUGACGAAUCACUCCAAAUCGAAAAUGGUACUAGUAAUAAGCCAGUGAAGCUACAUUUUGUUGAUGGAUCAAUCAUGUUUGCUGAUCAUGUUAUAGUUACAGUAUCACUUGGAGUUCUAAAACAGGGAAUACACCAAGAUUCUGGUAUGUUUAAUCCCCCACUUCCUAGUUUCAAGACUCAAGCAAUCUCAAGGCUUGGUUUUGGUGUUGUCAACAAGCUAUUCUUGAAACUACAUCCAAUCCAUGAUGAAGAGUAUGCCAUAAAUUUCCCCUACCUGCAAAUGGUAUUCAAUCAGUCAGAACCAAACCCAAAAAUUCCUUGGUGGAUGAGGAGGACAGCUAAUUUGUCUCCAAUUUAUGGCAAGUCAAAUGUUUUGUUAUCAUGGUUUGCAGGUAAAGAAGCUCUUGAGUUGGAAUCUCUUGAUGAUGAGGAGAUCAUUGAUGGGUUCUCAAAAACUAUCUCUAGCUUCCUUUUAAACUCAAAGCAUUUCAAGAAAUCCAAUGAAUUGUGCAAUGGGCAUGCAAAUGAGAGUAGCUUUAAAGUGGAAAAGGUGUUAAAGAGCCAAUGGGGAACUGAUCCACUUUUCUUGGGUUCAUAUAGUUAUGUAGCAGUUGGAUCAAGUGGAGAUGAUUUGGAUGCUAUGGCUGAGCCUUUGCCAAAAGGGACAACCAUUCAUUCAAAUAUUUGUUCUGCUCCACUUCAAAUUCUGUUUGCAGGGGAAGCAACACAUAGAACCCACUAUUCAACAACUCACGGUGCUUACUUUAGUGGCCUUAGAGAAGCCAAUAGGCUUCUUCACCACUAUCAUUGUAUUGAUAUAUGAAAAAAAGUUUG